ACUCUGCCCCCGCCUCCCGGUCCUCGCCCAGCCGGGAGCGCCGGUGAUAGGACGAGCCCCGGGCGUGCAUUGUGUAUAUGCAAACCAGAGCCCGGUUCCCCAGGUCUGUCCGACCCCGGCCGGGGCUGCGGCUGCGGCUGGCGCUGACGUGGGCGCCGCUGCCCUCGCCCUCGCCCUCGCCCCGUACUGCCAUGCUCCCGCCGCGCGGCGGGCCAAUGCGUCCCCGAGUCGCUAUAUAAGCGCAGGCCAGGGGACACCCGGAGGGGCUGAAGAUGAGGGUGCCCGCGCAUGGGCCACCGCCGAUUGCCAACCCCUCCCGAGCCCGCGCCCCGCGCGGAGCCCACGGCCGCCGAGGACCCGCCUUCGCCACAGUAGCAGCUGGGGCUGCGACAGAGGCGGCAGCUGCGGCGGCGCCUGUCGCACGAGCGCGUAGAGCAGCGGCCGCAGCUCCGGGGCCGCCGCUGCCCCGGCUGCCAUGAGUUGUGCGGAGGUGAUGUAUCACCCCCAGCCGUAUGGAGCGCCCCAGUAUCUGCCCAACCCCGUGGCAGCUGCAACCUGCCCCACAGCCUAUUACCACCCGGCGCCCCAACCUGGCCAGCAGAAGUUAGCGGUAUACAGCAAGAUGCAGGACUCUCUGGAAGUCACCCUUCCCAGCAAACAAGAGGAGGAGGAGGAGGAGGAGGAGGAGGAGGAGGAGGAGGAGAAAGACCAGCCUGCCGAGAUGGAGUACCUUAACUCUCGCUGUGUCCUUUUCACUUAUUUCCAGGGAGACAUUGGGUCAGUAGUGGAUGAACACUUCUCAAGAGCUUUGGGCCAAGCCAGCACCCUUCAUCCAGAAUCUGCCAUUUCAAAAAGCAAGAUGGGGCUAACCCCCUUAUGGCGAGACAGCUCAGCUCUCUCAAGCCAGCGGAGUAGUUUCCCGACUUCCUUUUGGACCAGCUCUUACCAGCCCCCAUCUGCACCCUGUUUGGGGGGAGUUCAUCCUGACUUCCAGGUCACUGCACCCCCUGGCACCUUUACUGCCGCUGACCCCAGCCCCUGGUCAGGACAUGGGCUGCAUCAGACUGGCCCCGCCCCUCCCCCUCCCGUGUCCGAGUCCUGGCACUACCCUCUGGCAUCUCAGGUGAGCCCGUCCUACAGCCACAUGCAUGACAUGUACAUGCGGCAUCACCACCCCCACAUGCACCACCGCCACCACCACCACCACCACCACCAUCACCACCACCCUUCUGCUGGCUCUGCCCUGGAUCCAUCCUAUGGGCCCCUGCUGAUGCCGUCUGUGCGUGCGGCCAGGAUUCCCGCUCCCCCGUGUGACAUCACAAAAACAGAUCCGACUACAGUCACCACUGCUACCUCAGCGUGGGCCGGAGCCUUUCACGGAACCGUGGACUUAGUGCCAAGUGUGGGGUUUGAUACAGGUCUACAGCAUCAAGACAAGAGUAAGGACUCACCAUGGUACUGAAACACACAGUAUUAGCAAGUUAGAUUGAAGCGUGAAUCCAUGGGCCCACUGGGAAAAGAUGCUGCCAGGGUUUGUCAUUCUGCAGUGGGACACAGUAGACAUGGAAGGAAAAGAGGAAGUGUUAUCCAGCUGACUUUGGUUUGGAGCCUUUUCUUGAGAAAGCAGAGUGGGUCAUAGACAUUGAAGAAAAGCAUUUUUGUUUAUUUUUUCCCUCAUCUGAGCCUUUGCCAACUGUGCAACUCUCUUUUAUUUUUUGUCUUGCUUUUAACAAUACAUGGUUUAAUUUUUGUUUCAGUUCAACACUUUUUUUGAGUUUUUUUUUUUUUUUUUUUUUGAACCAACCACCUUGUCAGGAAAAGAUGAACCACAAAGAAAAUGAUCAUUCUUUCAGGAAUACAAUUUUGUAGCUCUAUGUGCAUCUAUUUUUGUAAAAAUACAGAAAGUUUGAUUUAGCAUUGAUGGGCUAUUUUUGAGGGAUGUGGGUUUUUUUUAAUAUUGUAACAGUUGUUAAGUUCUGUUUAAAGAACUUGCUCUCAGAGAAGCACUGGCAAAAAUGUUUAAAAUGCUUGGCUUUAAGAUGUCUGUGAUGCGCUCUGUGCUUUCUAGCUUACCUCAGAUGUUUGAUAGUUUCUCCUUUUUACAAAAGUAGCACCAUAGCCAAGCCAAUAUGGUAUUAUUUUACAUUCAAUCUCAGUGAAGAUUUAAUUCCAUGCUAGCUCACUUAGCUCUGAGUUAUAUGUAAAGCUUGAAAAGGAAGUUUUUUAAUGAUCACACUAAAGAAAGGCUAUUUCAUUACUUUGAUUUCUCCCAAAGACUGCUUGGAGGUUGACUAAGAAGAAGGUUGGCAUAAACUUUCAAUCAGAUGGAGAGUUUGCCUAGAGUAUACAAUUAUCCUUCUAGUCCAUCUGACUUUGAAAAAUGGAACCAGAAUUUCUAUCCAACUACUGGAAAAAAAAAAUUAAUCAUGCUACCUUUGAGUGCCAGUGACUUAUUUUUCUUGUUUAUAAUUAUUCAUUCAUGGCAAUUUUUUGCCAUAUUUUAAGUGAAUUUUUUUUUUCCUGAAGAUAGUUUGAAGGGAUAAUAUUUGGGAAGGUACUAGACACAUCACAAAGCCUUUAAUUCAAUGGCUGUUUCUGAGAGUGUUACCCAUCAUUUUAAAUUGAAAAAUAAUGUAUUGCAUAUGUAAUAUUUUAAAUCAGUUUUUGCGUCUUUUUUGUCUGUUUAACUCUGGUUUUAGUUGAUUUAGUUCUUUUUAAGAAAAAAAUGGGGGCAAGAUAAAUUUAAAUUGGGAUUUAUACUACAAUUACUGAAAUUAGGUUAAUAAAUUGACAACUUACCUGAAAUUUAUUACUGAGGACUCAGGAUUCAACUUGACAUGGCCCUCAGGAGCUAAAUAAGAAAAAGUUGGGAUUAUCAUUAAAAUGCUAUUAGGAAAAGAUUAGGUUUAUAAAAGUAGCCGUUAUUGGUAUUUUAAGGACUUUCAAUGUAAAGUCCAUUCUUUCAUUUGCUUCCAGAGAUGGCUCAUAUCAAAAAGGUAGUAUUAUAUAGAAGUUUUAGUUUGUUAAAAAUGUUUCUCAAUUUUUCCCAUCUCUGUCUUCACCCAUGUGAAAUUAAAUGUUUAGUGAAAUACAUUUUCCAUCUUAAAUAGUGUAUCUCAUAUGUGUGAACAUUUUAGAUAUAAGAGCAACAUAGUCUCUGCUUAGCUAGGCAGAGUUCUCACAGAUAAUUUUCAAAUAUUUCCCUUAACUCUAUUUUUAUGCCAUAAUCUUCUUUCCUGGUGCAUCUUAUCAGUUAUGAAUCUAUACACUCUCUUGUAUUUUCAUCACUAUAUUGCUUCUUAACCAGACUACUCUUAACACAGUAUACACAUUUAAUCUAAUGUGAGGUCCAAACAUAAGGAAUCUUCCACUUACUAAUGACAUGAACUUAGAUUUCUAGGGAGUGGCUUGGUUAAAUUAUCUACAUUUUGAUCUACAAUUUGAUUUGAUACAAUUAUUUGUAAUUUGCCUAAAUCUGUGUAGCACAAGGUUGAAUGAUUCUAUAAAAUUUGUUUUACUUUGUGUCCUCCUGAAUUCUCAAAGACCAGUGCUCAGUAGCUCCCAUGGGAUGACUCACUGGGGAUAUUUAUUUUCCUCCUCUUCCCUUGGAACCUGUUAACUUCCUUUGCAGUUUCUUUUAGAGCAGUUUUGUACUCCAACUCAUUCAGAUCAUUCAAUUGGAUUUUCCCAAUUAUGAGAAGAAACGUAUUGACUUUCUGCCCGUUUCCUUACUCUCCACUGAAUUGAAUGUAAGGCAAGAGAGCUGACAAUUAGAUAGCUUCACCCUGAAUUUAGGGUGACACUUUGCCCUGUGUCACUCCUGGUAACUAUCUGAUAAAACAUUCCUUGGCUCAGAGGACCCAAGAAAAGUUGGGGAUCUGAAUUCUGCUGUACACAGGAGAGAUUUGUGAGUGAGAUCCCCCAUUGAGAACAGGCCCAGGUGUUGCUUGGCACAUCGCAGGGACUGGAUCCUUGCCUAUACAAGGAGUGGAUCAAAAUGUGAGUCAAAAAAGAUGAGUGCCUGUCUCUGUAAUUGUCUCACAUCCCAUUGCUACAAUCAUAUUACUAUUACCACCGAAGUCAUAAAAGAGGAUGAGUUGUAAUUUAGUAUGAUUCUGAGUAAAGUUUAAAAUGCUGUCACUCUCUGGGUUGGUUUUCUCGCACCAAAAUGAUACUGUUAAUUUUGGAGGCUUCCAGACUGCUUUAUUGAGGGCUAACAUCUCCCUCCCCAAUUUCAUUUGCAACCACUCCACCUUUGGUUAUUUUAUAAAUUAGGCUUUAUUCAAGCUUUCUAAAGAUCUGUGAGCUAGAUCCUAGAAAAUCAUCUCAUUGAUUUGACAUCUAAUCUAUGCUUCAACCACUAAACUAUCAUGAAAUAAGAAACAACAAAAUAGUGAUUAGGUAGAUCUUUACAGGUUAUUUGGUUUUUCACUGUUUAUUUGAAAAGCACCUCUGAAGGUAAAAAUCAAUGCUUCAUCUUAAGAAGGUUAACCGUCCCCUCCUAACUUUCCCCUUUAGCUUUUUUCCUCUCUCUUUCCUCUUAGAGUUAUUUACAUUACUAUUUUAAGCAAAAAUGGCCGGGAUUGCUCUACAUUUUGCAAAUGAUAACAAGUGGUUUCCAAAUAAUUGAGAAAUUAAUUUCUUCAACGUUGUAAAAACCUUUUUUUAAAAAAAAUUCUAGGCACUGGAAUAAACUGUGCCCUUGAGGAGCUCGUUAUUCAUUAUACAAAUGGCAAUCAGAAACUAUAUUUUUAGAAACUGCAUUCUAUCCCUUACUGAGUGCCCCUUGGUUAUGUAAUGUUUGCCAAAUUAAGUCAAUGGGGCAAUGGUACUAAGAGGUAGAAAAGGCUAGUAUUUAUGUUACAGUUUGACUAGAGGAUAAAUAGAGAAGCAGAAGCACAAUUAAUGAAAAAAAAAAAACCAACAACAUUGGCUUGGACAUUAGGUCAUUUUCUGAAUUCUGGUUUAGCCAUAAUUAGAUGUGUGUUUGGUGUUUCAUUUAUUUAUCUCAUGAGUAAAGUGGGAUAAUAAUACCUAACUGACAGGCUGGAAAUCGUAUAUAUAUACUCAAUCAUCUGGCUCAUAGUAGACAUUCAAUAAAUGACAGAUACCACAAAUACCUAUCAGCUGAGUAAGUAAAUCAUAAAAUUGAGCUCCCAAACAUCACUUCUGUUUACUUCCCACACCCAUUUCUGUAGCAAUCAAAUAGUUAUGACUGUGCUUUUCUGUAAGAAAUUGUUGCAAGAGAAUCUUUGCCUUCUACUAGAUGUUGAAGAUAAAACAUAAAUUUCUACAUUAUCUCUAUUUUAGUGUGCUGUUUAUGAAGGAAAAUAAAUUAACCUUUUAGUGGUAUGUAGACCCAACUUUGAGUUUUCUUACAUGUUCCAAACUUUUAUUCAUCCAGGACCCUGUGUAUUAUUGUCCCCAAAAUUAAAGUGACAGUUUCAUGAAAUCACCAAAGUUUUAAUUUUUUCAUUAUAUUUUGGGCUUCCUUAGCACCUAGAAUAAAAACAUCUCUUUUGAAGUUAUCCCAUUUUUUUUUAACUUGGAGAAAAAAUUGCAAAAUAUGGUGGAAAAAAUGUUCUGCAUGAAAAGAGGAGG